AUGGAGAAUCUGAUCUCUCUGGUUAAUAAGAUACAGAGAGCUUGCACAGCUCUGGGAGACCAUGGAGACUCGAGCGCCUUGCCAACUCUAUGGGAUUCCUUGCCUGCGAUUGCCGUCGUUGGUGGUCAGAGCUCAGGGAAGUCUUCAGUCCUGGAGAGCAUCGUCGGAAAGGACUUUUUACCCCGUGGAUCUGGUAUUGUUACUCGAAGGCCCCUUGUCUUACAGUUGCAAAAGAUUGAAGAUGGAACCCGCGAGUAUGCAGAGUUCCUUCAUCUCCCCAGGAAAAGAUUCACCGAUUUUGCUGCUGUGAGGAAGGAGAUUCAAGACGAGACUGACAGAGAAACUGGACGCAGCAAGGCCAUUUCUAGCGUUCCCAUUCACCUUAGCAUAUACUCUCCCAAUGUUGUCAACUUGACACUGAUUGAUCUUCCAGGGCUUACAAAAGUUGCUGUUGAGGGACAAUCUGAAAGUAUAGUGAAGGACAUUGAAAACAUGGUUCGGUCCUACAUCGAAAAGCCCAACUGCAUCAUUUUGGCAAUCUCACCUGCAAACCAAGAUCUGGCUACCUCAGAUGCAAUUAAAAUUUCCCGUGAGGUUGAUCCAUCGGGGGAGAGAACAUUUGGUGUCUUGACCAAGAUUGAUCUUAUGGACAAGGGGACUGAUGCAGUGGAAAUUCUGGAAGGGAAAUCUUUUAAACUCAAGUAUCCAUGGGUAGGUGUUGUCAAUCGCUCCCAAGCAGAUAUUAACAAGAAUGUCGACAUGAUUGCUGCUCGGAGAAGAGAGAGGGAGUACUUUUCCAAUACUACAGAGUAUAGGCACCUUGCACAUAAAAUGGGUUCUGAGCAUUUGGCAAAGAUGUUGUCCAAGCAUCUAGAACAUGUGAUCAAGUCGAGAAUUCCAGGCAUCCAGUCRCUUAUUAACAAAACAGUAUUGGAGCUGGAAUCUGAACUAAGUCGCCUUGGAAAGCCUAUUGCAGCUGAUGYAGGGGGGAAGCUGCGUGCUGGUGGUGAAAAGGUGUAUAACGUGUUUGAUAAUCAGCUUCCGGCGGCUCUGAAGAGACUUCAGUUUGACAAGCAGCUAGCAAUGGACAAUAUCCGUAAGCUGGUCACUGAGGCUGACGGUUACCAGCCUCACUUGAUUGCUCCUGAGCAAGGUUACCGUCGUCUCAUUGAGUCUUCUAUUGUUUCCAUCCGCGGCCCUGCUGAAGCAUCUGUUGACACUGUUCAUGCGAUCUUGAAAGAUCUGGUUCACAAGUCUGUGAAUGAGACAGUGGAACUAAAGCAAUACCCAGCUCUGAGAGUGGAGGUGACAAACGCGGCCAUAGAGUCUCUGGACAAAAUGCGGGAAGGAAGUAAGAAAGCAACACUGCAGCUGGUGGACAUGGAGUGUAGUUACCUCACUGUUGAUUUCUUCAGGAAGCUUCCCCAGGAUGUUGAGAAGGGUGGCAACCCCACGCACUCCAUUUUCGACCGCUACAACGACUCCUACCUCAGACGUAUCGGAUCCAAUGUUCUGUCUUACGUGAACAUGGUCUGUGCUGGUCUGCGGAAUUCAAUACCCAAGUCCAUCGUCUACUGCCAAGUCCGGGAAGCGAAGCGCAGCCUCCUCGACCAUUUCUUUGCCGAGCUUGGUACCAUGGAUAUGAAGAGGCUCUCGUCGCUGUUGAACGAAGACCCAGCAAUAAUGGAGAGACGCAGCGCCAUCUCUAAGAGGCUGGAGUUGUACCGAGCUGCCCAAUCGGAGAUCGACGCUGUUGCUUGGUCCAAGUGA